AUGGUGUUAAUUCAAGGAGUCAAGGAUCUCAUUAAGGAGAAAAUCCGAUUGAGUCGAAUCAUCAAUACGGCCAAAAAAAACAACUUGAACGGACGACCUGGACAAAUAGAACUCGGCGCAUCAAGGCAGCAAUUGGAUAAGAGUGAAGUUUUGAGCACUUCUCCAUCCGACCCGAAGCGGCUCAUCAAUGUCCUCAGAGACAUUAAAGCAAUUGUUUCUAGUACAAAGAAAGCGACCGGAAUGCUCAGAGUCACAUACGAUAUUGUCAAAAACGAGGGAGCGAUGAGCUUGUGGCGAGGAGUGGCGCCGGCGAUCUCCAGGCAUUAUGUGUACACGGGUAUUCGAAUGGGUGCUUACGAGUUCAUGCGCGCCGAGUGGUACAAUGAGGAAAAGGAGGCCCAGUUCCCUGUUUGGAAAUCGGCCAUAUGCGGCCUCGUUUCUGGCGCCGUCGCUCAAUUCUUUGCGAGUCCCACCGAUUUGGUGAAGGUUCAAAUGCAGAUGGAAGGACUACGGAAAUUAGCGAAUUUACCGCCACGAUACACAAACACUUGGGACGCAUUCCGAUCAGUCUACCGAUCUCAUGGAUUCUUCGCCGCUCUACUCAAUAUGGCUGACUUGGCCACGUACGAUCGAGCAAAGCACUGGCUUAUCCAGAAUGCUGGAAUGAAGGACAAUCUAUUGACGCAUGGGAUAUCGAGUGCCUGUUCUGGUCUAAUGGCUGCAAUUGUAAGCACACCGGCAGACGUGGUGAAAACGAGAAUGAUGGAUCAAAUACGACAUCUGCAUGAUCACGACAGUUCCUCUGGAAAGCCAUCAAAAAUCCACCGUGGAAGCAUCGAUUGCUUGAUGCACAUUGUGCGCAAAGAGGGCUUCUGGGCGCUUUAUCGAGGAUUUGUUCCGACUUACGUGAGAAUGGCUCCCUGGUCGCUCACGUUUUGGAUCUCGUACGAGAAGAUCCGAUGGUUGACGGGAGCGCCGAGCUUU